UAGUCUUGCUUGCUUUCUUCAGAGCGAUCGUGCACCGGAUUAACCAAACCGAGAGCUGUGAAUGCGCGUCUAUUCUCCUGCGCGAUCCCAACGCGUCGCGUCGCAUGAAAGAAACAGAGCAGAGAGCGCAGAAAACAUCAACAUUUAUCUGUUUGUGAAUCUUCAGGUCUGACAGCAAAGCUCUGACAUCAUGCCGAAGCACGUGGAGGUGAGAAUGCACGACAGCCACUUAGAACCUAUAGAAACCAGGCCGCGCUCCAAAUUGGCCACAGUUUGCCAGAAGAUGUGCAAGAACCUGCUGCUCACACUGACUGUGCUGGGUGUGAUUUUGGGAGCUGUUUCUGGCAUGCUGCUGCGUAUUGCUUCUCCGAUCGAUGACAACAUUGUCAUGGUCAUUUCCUUCCCUGGAGAUAUUUUGAUGAGGAUGCUGAAAAUGCUCAUCCUUCCCUUGAUCAUCUCCAGCUUAAUUACAGGUCUUGCGGGUCUGGAUGCAAAGUCAAGUGGUCGUCUGGGUUCCAGAGCCAUGAUAUAUUACAUGACUACUACAAUCAUUGCUGCUGUGCUGGGUGUGAUUCUGGUGCUCCUCAUUCACCCUGGAAACCCAAAACUCAAGGAGAAUCUGGGAGAGGGAGCUCAAAACGAUGAAGUUUCCAGUCUUGAUGCCUUUUUUGACCUUAUCAGAAACCUCUUUCCCGAGAACUUGGUCCAGGCUUGCUUUCAGCAGGUCCAGACUGUUGUUAAGAAGGUAGAGGUUCAACCUGAUUUUGACAACACCAAUAGCACUAUGGGUGACUACCUCGCUAACGCCACCAAGGCUCCCCCCAUUUUCAAAGACAAGAAAUCCCUGCAAUUCAAGAGUGGAAUGAAUGUACUUGGUCUAAUUGGAUUCUUCAUUGCAUUUGGUAUUUCUAUGGGUAAGAUGGGAGAGAAAGCCAGGCUUAUGAUUGAAUUCUUCAACAUUCUUAAUGAGAUUGUGAUGAAGCUGGUUAUCAUGAUCAUGUGGUACUCACCCCUUGGCAUUGCCUGCCUGAUCUGUGGAAAGAUCAUCUCCAUUAAAGAUUUGGAGGUAGUGGCAAGGCAGCUGGGGAUGUACAUGGUCACUGUUAUCAUUGGUCUGAUCAUCCAUGGUGCUAUAUUCCUGCCAUGUAUCUACUUUGCAAUUGUGAGGAAAAACCCGUUCACAUUCUUCAUGGGUAUCUUCCAGGCCUGGAUCACUGCCCUAGGCACAGCCUCCAGUGCUGGCACUCUGCCUGUAACUUUCCGUUGUCUUGAGGAGAACCUUGGUAUAGACAAAAGAGUUACACGAUUUGUGCUUCCAGUCGGAGCAACAAUUAACAUGGAUGGUACGGCUCUUUACGAGGCUGUAGCUGCCAUCUUUAUUGCCCAGAUGAAUGGAAUUGACUUAGAUCCUGGUCAGAUCGUCACUGUCAGUCUUACAGCAACACUUGCCAGCGUGGGAGCAGCGAGUAUCCCGAGUGCUGGACUCGUCACCAUGUUACUCAUUCUGACAGCUGUAGGAUUGCCAACUCAAGACAUCAGUCUGUUGGUUGCCGUUGACUGGCUUUUGGAUCGUUUCCGUACCUCAGUCAAUGUGGUUGGUGACUCAUAUGGUGCUGGCAUCGUCUACCAUCUGUCCAAGGCAGAGCUUGAUGCUCUGGACGCUCAGCAUGGAAAAUCAGAUGACAUUGAGAUGACCAAGACCCCGUCCUACUACGAUGAUCUCAAAAACCAUCAUGAAAACAACUCCAACCAGUGCGUCAAUGCUGCUCAAAAUUCAGUGUUUGUAGAUGAUUGCAAGGUAACCUUGGGAGCCACAAAUGGCUCAAACGCGGAGUGCACGCUUGUUGAGGAAGACCCUUGAACAAAACCAUUCAAUUCAAGCACAUGGACCCCAGCUUGCAAAACAAGAGAGAAAAAAACCUACAGUAUAAUCAUCCACAUAGAACAAACGAUGGGUUUUAUAGUUUAUUUCUAUGGUUUCUGUCCUUCUUUUAACAUGUUUAACUAUAUAUCUGGUUGUCUGAUGUAACAAGAAUGUGAGGCUCCAAGCUCACACAUGCAGCUGUUACGUAAAACAUUCACAAUGCUAAUAAAUAUGUACAGUAUGAACUUCCAAAUUUCUAUAUGAUGAGGAGGAGUGAAAUAUGAGGUAUAAAGAGAAUAUAUCUCGGUUUACUAGAUUAAUUUCCUGGCAAAGCUGCUCUUUAUAUAAAGGCACAAUAAAAACCUGUCCCAAUCCUCCGUUUCUCGCUGUGACAACCGCACAACAUUAUUUUCAGAACAGAAUCACUGUUGUCAUGGAGGCUCAUGUGUGGUUGCUAGGAUACAAUAGGAGGGAGGGAUGGCAUGGCACAUAGAUGAAACGUAAGCACAAGCCACAUUUGGCAGAGCUGUUUUUAUAACGUGGGAUUUAUUCUGUCAAAGAAAAGCACAAUAACUUUUCAAAACAAUUAGCAUAUUUACCAUAUCAGGUGUUUAAAGCAACACUAUGUAGUUUCAAUGUAAAAUUGACUUACAGCUCCCCCAUGUGGUUGAAAAGCGCAACAGUUCCUGGUAUCAGACACUCUUCUGCAGGCAGUGGGAGGGGCAGGGCUGUGUGCUCUACCCUCCACCGCCACUUUCAGAGAGUGCUUGUAGCAGCUAGGAGGCUGCUCAGGUUGCAGCAACAGUACAAUUUGUCCAGUUAAAAGUUGUUCUAUCACUGAAAUAAUUUUAGAGACAUUAUUUAAAGGUAAACAAACUACAUAGUGUUGCUUUAAAGAGCCCCAAUUUUUUAAGUGAGCUGUCUGACAUUUACUGAAACAUACUGAAAUAUGCAAUGCAUUGUUUUUUUAUUUAAAAGCAGAAACUGUCUUAUUUUUUGUACAACCAAAGCAAUGCCUGAGGUUGUGUCAUAAAAUGAACAUAUGGUUGAUGCCACGUGACCAUUUGAAAUCCACAAGUGCUAAUAAAUUGUGUGACUAUUUGUAGAUGCUGCGGUGGUUUGGAAUUCAAAAUUUGGAUGAAUCCCAUUUGUGUGUGUAUGGGUGUGCAGUAUUAUUAACUACAGCAAAUACACAAGGUUUGCAUAGACUGUAUUUUGGACUAAAUGACCAUCAUAUGAUGUUGAAAUAUUACUCAGGCACAUAAGAUAUAUAUAUAAUCAUUUAGUCAGGGACAAAACAUUCCUAAUGCAGCCAGAUGAAAUCAUUUGUAUUGAGGUCCUGUUACUAAACCGCAGAGAGCUGUUCAAUCAUUGUGGAUUUACACUUUUCUAACCUAGUCCACUGCUGACGUCUGCUUUUAUCAUUGUUUACAACCUUUUUAAAUGACUUCUUACCUCAAAUAGAAAUAGCCAAGUCUACUGUUAUUACUGCACAUAUGUGACCCUGUCUGUAAAAUUCAGUCUGAAGUUUCAUAAUCUAUUGAUGCUUGAUUUCACGGAUUCAUUUCAUUUUAAUUUAUGAUCUUACUUCAGUAUUAAAGAUAUCAAGAUUAUAUUUUCGCAGAAUAAUCUUUACUAUAUGUAGGAUGAUUUUAUGUAGAAAACAGUAAAAAAGACUUUAAAACUGGCUUUUUACAGACUGGGUCACAUAAAACCAACAAAAUAUUACUCUGCAAGGGAUAAAUUACAGUAAUGAGAUGAUAUUGCAUAUGUUAAGCACUAUUUGUGUAUGUAUUCAUCAGAGACCUUUUAAGCAUUUAUCUCUUAUAAUACACUUGACUGUUUCUUAGCCCAACAAUGCUGCAACUUAUUUUCACUUCUUUUCAAUCUGACCAAUCAGCACACACACCUCACGUCUUUACAUACCUCGCUAUGCCACUUAGAGAUUUAGGCAGAUUCUUAUUUCUUUCAAAUGAGUGACAAAUUUAGAUGGAUUAAUAAAUUAGAGGCAUAUAGAAAUCCAUUACGGGAUCUGUUUUCUUAUUCCUUUUAGAUAAAAAUAAAUGAUUCCUUUCUAUAUGAGGUACAGGUGAGUAUAAUCUAUACAUUUACAUUUAUACAUGUAUCAACAAUACUACAUCAUUAUACAUGAACAGCGUUUUGAUGUUUCAGUGUUAUAUCCUUUGCCAAGAAUAUGAAUUCAAUAAAAACACAAGUUCAAGUUGCCACAUAAUAUAAAGUUGAAUGAUUUUCAGAUGUCGCUCAUCUGGGCCAUCUGCUAAGCAGGCAGCUGUUUUGAGAUAUUUAAGAAGUUUGCUAGUCACUGAGCCACGGUUUCAUUUUACUUUUGUAAUUUUUGCACCAGUUUAGUAUAAAUAUUGUGGGUACUGUAGCAUUUUCAAAUGUAGAAACAUGGAUUUGGUGUUUGUUGUGACAAUUUAACUGGUGAUAUUGUGUAACCCUCUAUGCUAGAUCUAUAGUGAAAUGUAUAGAAAGGUAAUAUAUUGGUUGAUUUUAAUUCUAAACAGCUUUAUGUAGCUUUCUCAGACUCAUUUGUUUUGUAUCCAUUCUUGUAUCUGAUCUGUAUUUGGAAUGUUUUUUCCUUUAUAAAGUUACCUAUUAUAACAGAUACAUUAAACAUAUUUGGGUAUUGUGUAAUGCAUCUCAAAAUAUAUUUGCAUUUUGAAAAAUAUAUAUAAUUUGUGUGUGUGUGUGUGUGUGUGUGUUUCCUAUAUUCACAAAACAUUUUCCAGAUGUUCAAAAAAAAAAAAAAUUGUAAAAGUUUGGUAUAGCAACUUAUAAAAUGAUCUGAUUUUGAUAUUAUAAAGCAUGCUAUAUUCAUUCUGUGUUGAGACACAUCUACAGUAUCUGUAAAACUGUUUAUUUCUCCAUUCUUUGCUGCUUCUGUGACUCACAUUUUACUUUGUGUCAGUGCACACACACAAAGAAAUUUACAGACAUAAUUUCUCAUGUGAAAUGUUAAAUUUAGAAUCAUAUUAAUAUAAACUCAUUCUUAUUCUUCUUACCUAACUGAUUAUUUUAAAGCCAUCAUUAGCAGAUGGUUACAUUUCUUACAUUGGUCUUACAUUUAAACCCAUCUGUUCUGUUACUUUCUUCUCUUAUCAUAUUUUGAUGUUUUUUAUGUAAAAGGGAGAGAAAACUAAAGUCAAAAGGAAAGUGUUACAUUUUAUCCUUUGUCAAAUAAAAUUUAUGUUCAUGCACAUACAUGUGUUGUACCAUUGGUGUACAUACAAUUAUUAUAACUAAUAAAUGUUGAUUAUUAACUAA